UUCCGAGGAAAGAAGUUAAAAACAAAUAUUUAAUAGGAUUAGGCGUUUGUGGUAAAUAAACAAGCAUGUUACGAGACCUCAUAACGUGGGUGUUGAAUACGUAUCUUGGAAAGUAUCUGGAGAACUUGAAUUCCGCCCAGUUGUCGGUGGCCCUGCUGUCGGGCGAGGUGGAGCUCGAGAACAUACCCAUUCGCAAAGAUGCCCUCCGCUCGUUCAAUCUGCCGGUCGAAGUCACCGCCGGCAGCAUACGCAAAAUCAAACUCCAGGUUCCGGUCCGCCAGUUUAGGACUUCGCCCUGGUGCAUCUCCAUCGAGGGGCUGUUCUGCAUCAUUUGCCCCAAGAACCUGGACAGCUGGGACUACGAGAAGGAGAAGGUCCAGGAUCUGGAGUACAAGCUGGCGGUGCUGGACGCCGCCGAGGCAGGAUGGCGGUCCGAAAAGGGCAAGCAAAUGGAGUCCUACUACUUCUCGUCCUACAACAAUUGGCUCAAGUACGGCACUAACAUGGCCACCAACAUCAUCGACAACAUCGAACUCAAGAUAUCCGAUGUGCACUUUCGAUUCGAGGACAUCGUGGACACCGGGAAGAGCCGGAUAUGCACGGGCAUCAAGAUCGGUUCCCUGACCGCCCAGAGCUGCGACUGUGAUUGGACCAACGGGUCGUACAAGGUGACCAACAACGAAAUGAACUACAAGCUGGUGGAGCUCAAAGAGCUCUCCGUCUACUGGGAUCUGCUGCACGAGGACAUCAAAUGUCAGUCGUACUCCAACCAGGAGAUCCUCGAGAAGCUUCACUCGACCUGCGAGCUGAGGCCCCACAACUUCAUUAUCAAGCCCAUUUGCGCAACGGCCAAGUGGAAGCGCGACAAGUGCCUACAGGUGAUACGUACCAAAGACAAGCCCAGAGUCUCCUGUGAUCUCCUGGUUCCCGAGGUGGUCAUAGACAUAUCCAAGGUCCAGAGGCUACAGAUGUUAGAUAAGCUCUCGGAAAUCCGACAAGUGAAGGAAGUUCGGCAAUACAGGUUAAAACGGCCAAAUUGUAGCGUGGAAAGCAAUCCAAGUUCGUGGUGGAAAUAUGCUACCGUUUGUCAUGGUUUUGACUUUAAAAAGAAUGAAGAAAAAUGGCAAAUUCUCAAGGACAAUCUUCGCUAUAUGCUACUCUAUAAAACGAUUAUUUUGAAUCCAAACGAAAAUCUGUCCAACGCAGAUAAAGAGUUCAAAACUUACAUUGAAAGCGACCGAGACAUCUCGGAUUUAACCAUAAUGAGAAGAAUAUGUUUCGAAAAAGUGUUCACAAAAGGUUUCUCCUUUGAGUCACAGAACGAGCAAGGAAAGAAUAUGCUUUUUCACUGGUUUCCCAACUGGAUGGGCUGGUAUGCCAACAGCCCCACUACGCCUAAUAACGAACAGGAUGAAUCGCUGAAACAUUUGGAAGACGAUAUUCUAGUUGCCUUGGAAAACUCACUUCAGAACUCUUCGGAUCUAAAAAGCGAUGCUGUUUUUGGGCACUUUUCAAUCAAGCUACUCAAAGGUUCAGUAAUCCUUCAGACCGAAGAAAAACUAAGUGAUGGCCGAAGUAAAUCAAUGGAAAUGCAAUUAAAUAACUUCUCUGCCUCCCUCCAGUUGAGCCCACAGUUAACUUCUUAUACUGUGGGCAUAUCUUUGCAAGAAGUUUAUUUAAUAGAUAAAACCAGUAGUGAGACAAUGCACAACUAUUUAAUCAAGCCACAAACAGGGAAUACAGCUACACCAAACCAAGUAGUUAAGAAUGCGCUACAGGAAGAUACCCUAUUCCAAUUACAAUACGAAAAUUGUAAUCAAUUACGAUUUCAGCUCAAUAUCAAAUCAAAAGGUUUGGAUCUUAUAUAUAAUGAGGAUGCAAUUCAGUGGCUUUUAGAUUUUUUAGCUGAUUCAAACACCAAUAAAUACUCAACGCGCAAUAGAGUCGAGAAGAAAACGGACUUUAUGAAAAACUGGAAUCAAAUGUUCAGUGGCAAUGAGGUGAACCGCAAGAUUUGGAUGUUUGAAAUCGAAAUAUUUGCACCACGUAUAAUUUUCUUGGAAAAUUACAAAGUUAGUAAUUCGCAAAUGGUCUUGCUGGACUUCGGAAAGCUGGAAAUGAGAAAAAUGGAGGUUAAGAGAGUCAUACCUGUGAUAGAAUCGGCUGUAACGGAAAAUACAAGUGAUGAUGAUGAAACCUAUUUGACUCCAUGCUCGACACCACCCGCAUCAGAAAAAAGUGGUUCUGAAUCUCCGACUCUUCUUGAAAAUCCCAAAACGGAAAGCUUUCUGAACAAAAACGUUCAAUUGGAGUACGUUCUGCACAAUAAGAUUUACGAUAAAUAUCUGAUCAAUUUCACAAACCUUCAAGUUCUGGUUUGCAAGUACGAGGAAAGAUGGCAAGCUUGCUUGAAAACAUCGUCAAACUUUCACCUAAUUGAUAAGUUUAACAUAAGCCUUACUCUGGAACAGAGAAAUAUAUUCACUGUUGAUCCGGAAUAUCCUUCAUUUGUGCUCGUUGGCACCUGUCCAGCAAUAUUAAUCCAUGGGAAUGAAGAGCUCAUAAAUAACUGUUGCAACAUUAUGAAACCCAUCAUAAAAGCCUCAAAGGAAAUGGAAAACAUUUACAGAGGAAGCAACACCAUUUACGCGAGUGAGAGGAUCAAAAAUUUGGCAGAGGACGACAGAAGUCGAGUCGUCAUUGAGUUUGUAAUGGACCACCUGGUGAUAGAAAUGCAAUCGACAGACAGAAGUAUUGCUGAGCUACAAAUUAUCGGAGCACGAGCGGGCCUAACAAAAGAAUCGAAGGAGAUGAAUAUUUCCAUGUCGGUUCAUAGUUUGCUCUUAGUAGAUGCCAUUCAGUCUUUUGGUCCUGACUUUGAAUUAUUAGUGGCGAGUCAUCGACAUGUCGGAAUGGAUAGUUUAUCCGGCAGCCUAAAACAUAGUGCAAUUGUUUCGCCAACUUCGCCUGGAUCGCCAAAUUUUUUUGAUAGGGCUACUAGUCCGCACAUGAUUACAAAAGCAGUACAAAAUAUUAAGAUGGGAGAUAGAUCAACUGAAUUCUGCGAGGAUGAGGACUCAACGGCGCUUAUAUCGGUGGACAUUAAAAUUGUUCAACCCAAUGAAAGCAAUUCAAUGCAACAUCACACUACUAACAUCACGUUUAACAAUUUGGACAUAAUUGCUAAUCAGGAUACUAUUCUUGAAAUUCUCAACUUCGCAAAACGGACUCUUUUGGCGCAAAAUAUAUUUCAAAAUGAAAGCCAAUUACCAACCAAAGAAUCGACUGAAGUGCCCAUAGAAUUGGAUGACCAAGUCGAUAGUAAAAAUCAUAAUGAAAUAUUCUUUGACUUUUUCCGAUUAAAUAUCUUACUUUUGUACACCAUCAAGAGAGACAAAUUUAAUGUUGGUCGAAAAGUUGGAACUGUUACGUUGACGGAAGCGAAAAUCAAUGCCUCUUUUCAAUCGGAUCUCUCGAUUUUCGGAUCUCUUGGCGGAAUACAAGUUAUCGACAUAACAUCAGAAGCCUUCUGCCAUCCGAGGAUACUUUCUGUUGGUCGUGAUCAAAUUUUGAGAGCCUCCGACACAAAUAAACAAACGGUUCUCAGUCAGCUUUCCAAUGAAAUAUACUCGAAUAAUUACAAUGAAGAAAAAAGCGACGAAAGUGAUGCAAUUAGUUUUCAAAGUCAUUGGAGUGAUAAAACUACCUGCACUUUCCAAAUGCGAAUGGCCUCGGCUUCAUAUACUCACUGUCCCAGAUUUUUACGGGAUGUGAACGCUUGCAUUACGUAUUUCAAGCGGAGCCUGCGAGAAUUUGCUACCUCCAUUGGUAAUAAAGCUACAGAUAUGGCGAAGGAGUUUGUGCAACAGGUUAGGGCUGUCGAGCAAAUCGGACCAGUUUACCCCCAGCGAAAUCAGCAGGACAAUUGGUUAGAUAUUAUAAUUAGUAGUCCAAUAAUUAUUCUGCCGAUUUCCAAUGCGAGUACAAAUGUAUUAAUUGCAAAUUUGGGAAAAAUCAGUUGCUCAAAUGCAGUUAAAUGCGAUUCGGAUGAGUAUAAUGAAUCGUAUACAAUUGAAAUCAAAAACACUUACGUUUACUCAUUGAACAUUGAUGAACGCGACUAUAGUUUCAACGUUCAUCCUGCUAAAAAUAAGGAUGCAAUUCCAAUUUUGCAUGACACAGCAAUUACUUUACAACUUUAUGCGGGAUAUGGUGAAGAUAAUGGUGAAGAAAAGAAACUUAAUAGUUUGUCCGUAAUAGGAAGUAUGGUUGAAGCCCUGAAAGUAUCCCUAAACCGAAAACAAUAUGAGCUACUUUUGGAGUGCAUUCGGUAUGCGACUAAUUUCUCAAAUGGACUUUUGAGUGACUCUGAAGAUCUUGAUCAAAACGGAGUUAGUGAACCAACUUUGAGUAUUGAUGAUGAACCCAUUAUUAGCACGAUCAUUCAGUUCUCAGUGCCUGUAUUUCAAAUUAACCUUCAGAAUGAAUACCACAACGAUUUGAUUAAUUUAACAUUCAAAGACUUUAAUGUAAAGCAUAUUGCCAAAGGAUUUGACAAAGAUGUGGAGGUGGUGUUAAAGUCUGUGUUAAUGGAGGACUUGAAAUCGGAUCUUGCAUCACCGUUCAGAAAUAUGGUGACUUCAAUUGAUCUGGAAAAGAACAUUAAAAAAAACGAAAUGACAUCAUCUUCGUGUCCCGAUUUACCAAGCUUUUGUAAUUCCUUAAAAAGUAGAUCUAAUUCCGUUCCUUCCUGCUUCUACAACUACAUGCAGGUCAAAGUGUUUAGCGGAGACAAAAAGUUUACAUCUUGCAAGAAAAGUGAAUUGGGCAGAAAAAAGGAGAGUCAAACAUUAGUUAUUUACAAGUCACAUACAGGACGAUCUGCUCAAAAGGGUAAACUGGAGCAGUCCAGUUCAAUUCAAUUUAAUUGCUUGAAUUUGGCUAUAUGCGUGGAACGCUGGUAUACAAUAUUCGACUUUUUCGGCCUUGUUUCUGUAGACAACUUCAAUGAAAAGUACACAGAAGAGAAGAAACUUGUUGAAAAACAUAUUGACGAGUUUUGUAGUAAACUGAAAGUGUCAAUAAGAAGCUUCAACUUUACUUUAAUUCGAAAUGAGUCUCUCUUAUCUAGAGUAAAUGUGUCAAAUGCUGUUUUCAUGAUUCUUCAGGACCCCUUUUCCAAAAUCGUUGAAGGCUGCUUAGGAUCCGUGUCUGUUUAUGAUCUAACAAAAUAUGGAAACAUUUAUAAGCAAAAGUUUCUUACAAGUGGUUCAGAAGCUUUAAAUUUUGUUUAUAAAAAAAAACUGGUCGAUUUAGAAGCAUUAAACACUUUGGACACCGACUCAACCCUACGAAUUAACAUGUCUGCCGUUCAUUAUAUUCACACCAAACGUUUUUCCACCGAAUUGCAUGUUUUUGUUAAAGAUUUGCUGCAAUUGCAAACGCCUGUAAUAAGAAAAUUAAAGAAGCAGAGUCAUGGAAACGAACAGAAUAUGCGUCCAUCAAAAAUGAAGCUCGUGAUCCAAGCGGAUUCUCCAGUAAUUGUACUUCCGUCUUCCUAUAACAGAAACGAAGUAAUAAUCGCUUACCUUGGCCAAUUUACCUUGAGAAAUAGUUUCCAUUUUGCCAGUGACGAGAAUAUAAUAAGCAAAAUGAGUGCAACGCCAAGUAAAAGCGAAAUCCUGGAUGUAAUGCGAAUAGACCUGGUCAAUAUAAACUUAUUUUCCGGCGAAAGGAGCUCAAUGAAAGCCAAAGUUGAUCAGGACAAGGAUCGAAUUGUGAUCGCUGAUAUGAACUUCUUAAGAUUGGGACAACCAUUCUUUAAUGAGUCGUGUUUUCUUCACCUGCAAUUGGAGCGAAAUCUUUCGGCGGAUAUUCAUCGUGUCUGUCCAGACAUCAGCGUUCAAGGGACGUUCUCCAAAUUGAAUGGUAUGAUCAAUAUUCAGCAAUACAAAUUAAUUCGAAGUUUUCUGAACAACAAUAUUGGAGAGCAAACGGAUGACAUUUACAUGAAUUACCAUAAUAACAGUUGUACAUCCAUUGAAAGGCUAUCGACAAUUAAUCUGUUGCCGAAAAGUGAAGUUUCUAAAACUGUAUCUAUUUUAAUAUCAAUAAGAAUUCUACUAGAAGACGUGUCACUACUCCUCGCUUUAAAUACUUCGCAAAGUGCUGUAAUAGAACCUUUGGCUUGCAUCCACUUCCUGAAGUCCACUCUGGAUAUUGACCUUUUUAGCGACGGUGCACAAGACAUUGAUUUAAUAUCCAGCAAUAUUCUAAUUGUUGAUGAAAGGAAUGAACCCGAUAAAAGCAAUGAAAACGUGUUUAAAAACAUAUUGGAACCAUCGAAAAAAGAGGUGCGAGUCGAGAAUUCCGUGCAGGUUGAAAUCCAUUGCAGGAAAAAAGCUAAUUUUUGCAAGUACACAAUAAUGCUGAAUAAUAUGAGAGUGUUUGCCCUGCUCAGUUUUCUGGACCAAUUAAAAUCAUAUUUGCAGGAGGACUCACCGGCACCCGUUGUAAAUAAUCAGAUUCCGCAAAAGCCUCAGAUGGACAACAGCGUUUCCACUGAAUACGUUGUGAAUAUUACAGACUCUGAAAUUAUUUUCGCAGAGGAAUGCAGUCGACUGGAUUCGAAUGCAAUAAUUUUGAAGAGUACAACGGUCGUUUGUUACAAACCGAACAGUAAUAUUGUGCCUAUAUCCCUGGACAUUAACCAUUUGGAAAUAUUUUCCUGCACCCUAGACGCCGAAGAAGAGAGCGCUUUGUCCAUUAUCGAUCCGUUUACUUUGAACAUAGAGCUACGGAGUAAUUGCUUGAAUAUUCUUAUUCAAAAACAUUUAAACAUUCGGCUGUCCUAUGUGGAUGUUAAAUUAUUUUCGCGAAUGGCUCGACUGUUGCCCACGCAAACAUCGCGAUCAAAGAAUGUUAUUUCAAAGGCUUACUCAGAUCUAGAGAAAGUAGCUCCCCUCGUAGCAAUGGGUUUUGAGCUUUCCGACUGUCUGUAUGCCAUGCAAGUGAAUAACUGGCGGAUCAACGAUGCAGCACUUUGGCUGUCGCAGCAAAAGCAGAAUACCUAUCGAAAUCCCGCCCUGGAAAUGAAAACCGCUGUGGUGGACGCCAGUCUGAUAUCGGUGUUUAUAAUUGACGACUGUAUGGAUGCCGAUGUGCCAUUGCUGGAAGUUUCCCUCUCCAAGUUCCUGCUGAACUUUACUUUCAAAACCCAGGAUCCCGAACCCAAGGCGACCAACAUUCGACACUACAGCUCGGGUAGCAUUGAAACGGAAGCCUCCGUGAACUACUACAAUCGUCGUCUUAGCGGAUGGGAACCGGUGGCGGAGACGUGGGAGUCUAACCUAAAAUGGAAGUACAUCAAGGGUCACUUGGAUAGUAAAAAACGAUUCGAGACUGAGAUUUCCAGCAAGCAGAUGCUCAAGCUAAAUGUUACCUCCACAUUUAUAGAACUUUUCAACAUGGUUCUGAAGAACUGGACGAACGACUUCAAUGACAAUGUAGCCAAGAACUUUAGACAACGCUCCCCGUUUAUUCCGUUCGCCCUGCAGAAUCUCAGCGGAACACCUCUUCUCUUCAAGCCGAUCUAUGCUCCGCUUGGAGAUCUAACGUGUUCCGACUUACAGCAGUUUGAGCUGAUAAAGAAUUGGUAUUCUGUGCAGCCCAACGAAACGAAAACCUUUGAUUUUAGCCAGAAGAGUAAACUGAGACACGUACACUCGCACCAAUUGAAUUUGCACCAGAUCUUUGUACAAAUCCAUGGCUGGACAUUGAUUGGACCAAUAUCGGUGGACAAAGUUGGAAUGUUUUUCCGAACCACUACGUUAGAUUCGCAGUUCUCGACUAAAAGCCGAAUAGUAUUCGAUAUUUCCCUGAUUGGAUCGGCCCAGAAGCUGAUCAAAGUAAAGUCCUCCUUGGGAGUGAUAAACAAAAUGGAUCGGAACGUAUUUCUGAAAAUGUCCUUGAAAAGCACCCACAGUGAUGGGCUUACCUCAAUUAGUGUAAUAAAACCCAACGAGGAAUUAUCUUUGCCGCUGAAGUUCAUCGAUGCAUCGUUGCAUGUAGCACACAAUACAAGUGAAAGCGAGGCUUAUGAGGAUACGGGUUUUAGUAAUGACGAGAUUUUGUGGAAAGCCUGCGGCAAAGAGGACAAUCGACAGCUCCUCGCUGGCUAUGACAACACCAAGAGUAUAUUGUACACACUAGUAAACAUAAGCAGGGAAAUUUAUCACUUUAAGGAGCAAAACUUACCGGGGCACAAGAUCACUCUGUUGCCACCGUUAAAGAUCAACAAUAUGCUCUGUUGCGAUUUGAUGUUCAAGAUCCAUGAGCAUGCCACCGGAAGAAUAAACUCGUCGGAGAGCACAAACAUCUACAACGUUAACAUUUGCCAGCCCCUCAUCCUGAGCAUCACGCUGGACAACUUCCAACUCUCUGGCCAACUUAAGAUUCCCGUGAGCCAUAAGGGUGUUAUCGAGCCCAAACUGAAGUUGUUUGACAAUAAAAAGCGGGAACUGCACCUGCGCGUAUCCAUACAAUCGGUCCAAGGGAAGGGAAUGGAACUAUAUAUCAGUGCUCCCGUUUGGAUAAUCAACAAAACGGGUCUGCCGCUGAUUUAUAAACAAGAGGGAACCAAUAACACAGCGGCAGGACAGUUUGAGGAGCAUGAAACUGCGCGACAAGUGGCACCUCUGAUGUUUUCGUUUUCCGAUCAGGAAGGUUCACCAGCCCUGGAGUUGCGAUUGGGCAAUGCCUUUGGCUCUAACAAUGCGUGGUGCAAAAGCUUUAGCACGCAUAAGGACCUGGCUCACCGGGAAUUAAGAGCGGAGAAUACAAGGGGAAGCUAUGCAAUUGGUAUUAGCGUUAGAAGGGGAAGGGGAUUAUAUGCUUGCACGACCUUCGUAACUUUGUCACCCAGAUUCCAUUUGCACAAUCGAAGUGGCUAUAAGCUGGAGUUUAUGCAACUCUGCGAUAUUGUCAACUAUGACCGUCCCGAUCCGCGUAAAAUUAUUUCAGCACCUAUUGACUGCAACUUCGCUUUCCAUUGGCCAAACUGGGAUCAGGAGCAGAUUAUUUGCGUACGAAUUCCGGAGAUAGAGUGCUGCUGUUGGUCAAAGGGAAUUCCCAUCAAUGAUGUGCAAAGUUUGUAUAUCAAUGUGCGAAAUGAAUGGGGCGAAAUGUUUUUCCUUCGAUUGGAAAUCAUCUCAAAAGAUGCUACCUUUAUACUUUUAUUUACGGACGCUCGAACUCUACCACCGCCGAUUCGAAUUGAUAAUUGCUCGGAAGUUGUGAUCAAUUUCUCACAGCUGCGAUCCAAGCCCGUUUGGAUUACGCCAGUUAGACCACAAUCCUCCCUGUCCUAUGUCUUGGAUGAUCCCCUGGGUGCGCAGACUCUGUUGAUGGAGGCACCCGGAGGAAAUAUGAUAGAGUUUCCGAUCAACAACACUAAAGAUAUAAAGAAAACGUUAACGUACACCAACUUUAUUUACAUUGCAUUUCAUGGCACCUUUGAGCGAUCGAAUGAGGAGGAAAGCACGCACAGACAUUUGGUUUUGGGCGUACGUGGUAAGAAAGUUGUGAUAGUGGAGAAGAACUCGGGUGAUCGCUCCCAGUUGUGGCUCAUGAACUCGAAUGGUCAGUUGGAGCACGAAGGAUCUACUCCUCCCAUACAAACAAACGAUGCGAAUGCAGUGCGACUUGUGCUGGACUUGGAAAAGGCUCCGAACCCCAUGGAGUUUACCAACUUGGUGGUCCGAACGCCCAAUAAGCAGAGGCUUACCACGCAGACCUGGAGAUUCGAAAACGGCCGGUUAAUGUGUCAUGCCAAUAUGUGUGUUCAGUCGCGAUUUGGGGAGAGUGGUCUAAAGCCCAACUAUGAAGCAGUUGUCGGGCGAACUGAAAACAAGUCGCAGUCGAGUAAGAAAUACAUACCGAUUGGCCAGCAUAUUGUGGCUCAGAAACUAAGGCCUGGAUCGGGUCAAUUGGAGCUUUCAACGAGAAUGGAUGGACCGAUUUCCACGAUCGAAAUAUGUGAUAUUAAAAUUAAACAAAAUUCAGUAUUCCUAACGCCCGAUUUAAUGUGGAUGCAUGCUUCUCUGAAUAAUAGGCAAAUUACGGAUAAGGGAAAAAUAUCAUUCGUUCAUGAGUAUCUGAUUAAUAUAGAGCUCAUUAAAGGAAUCGGUAUUUCAAUCAUAGCUCGAAAGCCUUGCGAGGAAAUUAUGUUUAUAAGCCUCGAUCACAUUCAUUGUGAUAUAGCGCAAAGUGGGAUGGAGAAUUCGUUAGAUUUGAAUAUCAAGUAUAUACAAAUCGAUAAUCAGUUGUUGGAUGCGGCGAGUCCAAUAGCGUUGCAUACGCAAACUUCGAAUGAACAAGAGCUUAAGGAAGACGAAAAGCAAAAGGCAGUCGUGCUGAAACUGAAAAUGUUACCUUGUCCCAACAAAAAUGCGAUAAUUUUUAAAUACUUAACGCUGGACUUGAAACCCUCAACUGCGAAUCUGGAGGAGAAGCUGAUACUAAAAGUGGCUUCAUUUUUGGGAUACGGCAAAAUCAACCGGCAGAACCUAAGUGUCCAGUACCAAUUUGAAAACUCGGAGGAUAAGACAUUUCUGCAGGAUAUGAAGAGGUUCUAUUUUGAGGAUUUAAGUAUUGGCGCAACACAGGUUCGACUCUCAGCUUUCACUUCUUCCAAGUUGCCAGUUGAAUUGCACGAAACGAAGAAGGCACUUGGGCUCACUUUAAUCAAAUUCGAGGAUGCCCAGAUUGAGCUGGACAGGUAUUCCGACAAAUUGCACUUUGAGACGAUGGACGUGUACCUAAAGGAAAUGAAAAAGCACUACAUAAACCAGGUCAAAUGGCAUGCGGGUGCUAUUUUGGGCAGUGUCGACUUCCUAGGAAAUCCCCUCGGAUUCGCCAACGAUCUUUCUGAAGGAGUAUCUGGACUGAUUUUCGAGGGCUCCGUCAAAAGUCUGGUUAAAAAUGUCACGCAUGGCAUAUCGAAUUCGACGGCAAAGCUAACAGAAACGCUGUCCGAUAGCCUGGGAAAGGUGGUGCUGGAUGACCACGACAAUGAGACGAGGCAACGAAUCUUGGAGCUCCAGUCCAAUACAUCCGGCGGUCACCUUGCAGCGGGUCUGAAAGGUCUCGGCUUCGGAUUGCUGGGCGGAGUAACGAGUAUAGUGAGACAUACCUACGAUGGUGCCCAAGCGGAUGGAGUACCGGGCUUCCUAAGUGGGCUGGGAAAGGGUUUGGUGGGCACAGUAACCAAACCAAUCAUUGGUGUACUGGACCUGGCUUCGGAAACUGCAAGUGCUGUCAGAGAAAAAAGCCGGGAUACGCAGAGAAAUAAUAUAGGCAGGAAAAGACUUCCUAGAUGCGUGACAGGUGCUCCUGGCGGACUGUUGCCCUUGUAUUCCACUCAACAAAGCAAAGGACAACAGUACCUUUACCUAAUCAAUCAUAAAAACUUUUCGGAAAAGAUAAUUUCUUACGAAGCGGAUCUAUGGAAAGAUAAGGAGGCUAGAUUGCGCUUGCUAGUCUCCACCGAAUAUGUACGAGUAUUUUCAUUGAGCGACGGCAAUCCAACUAUUACGUUUGAGUGUCAUGUUAGUGAGAUACUAUCGUGUCAUCCUGUGGUAACGAAUGUGGGCACGACACCAUCUACCAGCAGUAGGGCCUCAUCGACAAGUCAUUACAUUGAGAUAUCAACAAAUCUUCCGAAAAUUACGAGGCCCAGGAUACGUUGUAAAUCUGAGGAAUGCGCUGAGAAUGCGUCACGAUGCAUAAACUACGCUAAAAGUGUCUUUGAUGAACGUGAACAUGCCGUUUUAUAAAAUGCAAUAAGUCGGUUCGUGAUAAUAAACAAAAACCUUUUGACAACAA